UAAAACCCGAAGCCCGUCCGUGUUAUUCUUCUUCGCUUUACUGCUGUGUGUGGCCAAGCUGUCGGCCUGUUCGAUGUCAAGCGGGUUUCUAACGUCAGUUAAGCUAACCUCCACCUGCGGCAGCUCUGACUUCGGACAACAGAAGCAUAAAACCGUAAAUCGUAACGAUGGCUGCGACUUAAGGACAAGCAUCCCGUCUGCGUGUUUCAUCCGGACCGAACCGGUUAUGUGGCUUCUCCCAGAGAAACCGCCUGCUUCAGGCUGAGUUGUUGUUGGCACGACCGGAAUGAAGAAAGUUUUGCUACAAGGCUUGAUAUUCAAAGUAAAAGACACCAGCUCAUCACCUCCAUAUCAAGAUAUCCUGGAUAGAUUUUCAAAUGAAAAUGGAGGAUAUGCCUCUCUCAGGCCCAGACAACACCAAGCUGGAGGCCUUGGUGAACGACAUCUACUCUGAACUGGUGGAAGAUGCGUGUUUGGGCCUGUGUUUCGAGGUGCAUCGUGCUGUGAAGCAGGGCUACUUCUUUCUGGAUGAAACGGACCAAGAGAGCAUGAAAGAAUUUGAAAUCGUGGACCAACCAGGAGUGGACAUCUUUGGACAGGUGUACAAUCAGUGGAAGAACAAAGAGUGUGAAUGUCCCAACUGUAAAAGACUGAUCGCAGCUUCCCGCUUUGCUCCUCACCUGGAGAAAUGUCUGGGUAUGGGACGCAACAGCAGCCGCAUCGCCAACCGCAGACUCGCCAGCAACAACAACACGAGCAAAUCGGAGAGCGACCAAGAAGACAACGAUGACCUUAACGAUAACGACUGGUCAUACGGAGCCGAAAAAAGAGCAAAGAAAAGGAAAUCGGACAAGAGUCAAAAUUCCCCAAGAAGAUCAAAAACUCUGAAACACAAAAACGGUGAGCUUGGGAGCAGCAUGAGUGCAGAUCCUUACAAGUACAACUACAACGCUGGCAUCAAUUAUGAGAUGUUGGGCCCUGAUGAAGUCCGAUCCUUUCUAACUACACAGUGUGGGGUCAUAUCAGAGCACACGAAGAAGAUGUGUACAAGGUCUCAGCGAUGUCCUCAGCACACGGACGAGCAGAGGAUGGCCGUCAGGGUGUUCCUCCUGGGGCCGUCCGCGCCGGUUCUGCCCGAGGCGGACUCCGUGGCGGGGCCUGAAAGCUUCGACAUUCCCGACGGACAGGCCUUAAUGAGCCGGCUGCAGUGGGAGGACUCCCCGGAAAUCUCUCCGUCUGACUCGGCCUCUUCCAAAGCGAGCACCAACCACUCAGACUCCAGGAGGCCCAAGAAGAAGAAGAGGCCGCCUCUGGGACUGAACAGCGGAGGUGGGAUUGGAAGUCUGAGCGGCGGUGGCGGCAGCGGCGGCUCUCAGACUAACAUCAGUUUAUCGACCAAAAAGAAGAAGCCCAAACUCACAGCACCUUCCAUUUCAAGCAUCUAUGAUGACUUAAACUAGCAUGAGCCCGUCUGUCUGAGCAGCCCCUCAGUAAACUCCCUCCUUUCACGCCGUGGUGGAGCGUUCCUUCAGCAGCACAGGAAUCUAACAUUUUCUGGUGAAGUGUCCAAAUUCUUCAGUUCACCUCAAACCACAACAUUCCAGCUAAUUGGUUGCAGCCGGUUUAACGUGUUUUCCUUAGAUGAAGACUCCAAUAAUCAGUUUAUCUCCAUCUACGAGUUUCUACAAACAAAAAAGAUUUUUCUUUAGUGUCUGACGGAUUUGAAAGAGGGACGUAGAACAGAGUGAAAGAAUCUUUCUAUACUUGAUUCUUUGUACCUGAAGGUAAACAGAUUUAGUUACUAAGCAGUUUUAUAAUACUUCAUUAGGUUGUCUUUGCAGCAGGUUACUCACCAACUCUAUUUAACCACAGGUUUAUUUGAUCAUGAACAUAAGGAGAAAGCAGGGAUAAACCUAUCAGAUCACUUCCUGCUACGUUUGUUUGGUGUUUGCCGUAGCAUUGACAGGAACAGCUUCAGAGCUUUUAUUGUGAAGCUUUGAAAACUUGAACAGGGUUCCGACACUUGGCAAAGGAACAGACGCCUUACUGUGACUGGUUGAUGUGGCGAGCGCCGGCUGUUUGGUUGCUCCAUCUUUCCUGUCUGCAGAGGAAGUCGUCAGGAGCGGGAGCAGCAGGUGUUUUCAAAUUAAGAGCCUAAAGUAGGACGUGAGGUCUUCUUUAAGGUCUGGUGGCUUCAUAGUUUGUGGUGUAUUUCGGUUUCUCCGUGAAUACGUUCUUUGAAAUCAUGACGGCGGCGCCGAUGGGAGGAAAAUCUCGUCUGCUCUCGCUUCAGCACGCUUUGAAAAUCUGGGAAUUAUUUUUGCAAUUAUAAGUUUGUGCCUCUUGAUGCUUUAUUUCUAGUGUGGACGUUUUAUUUUGCACAUGUGGUUGGAGAUUUGUCCUCUUUAUUUUUACAAAACACAUCCCAGAAUGUGAUUUUUGUAAAAGUGUGUGUGCCGUUUUCAAUAUUUAAUUUUGUUUACAUCAGGAAGAUAUUUAAGUUUUUGGAUGCUGCUUUUAUUGUGAUGUGUUUAUAUGCUGUGGUAAAAUGGAGAUGAAGUUUUAUUUUAUUUUAUGAUCCAGCGUUUGGGGCGUAAGCUUAAGGAGAACAAACAGAAUCAUGAACCCAACGGCUUUUUUUCUUUUCUUUUUUUCCUGCUUUGCUCAUAAAACCGAUCAAUAAUGCUUUCUGGUUCAUGGA